GGCACCCCCGCGGUGGCUGGCACCCCUUCCUAGAGCGGCCAGGCGCAGGCAGAGGGAGCGAUAACGUCUCCCGGAGAGUGUCAGCUGCCCCUCGCGAGUUAGCCCAGAGCGGCCGCGGCAGACCAAGGGUUCGUUGGAAGCGUUGUGCGCACGCGCGGUUUGCCUUCCUGGCCUCGCGUUGAGCCCCGCCCCCUCCAGCCCUUUCCCUCGCGCCUCUUGACCCUCUCACUCGCGCCACUGGGUGGGCCUGGCAUGCGCACACCAGAGGGCCCGCCCCAUUUGCCCCGGAAGUGCUUUCUUUGCCCGCGACGCGCGUGCGCCGGACGAAGUCGUGGCGGUGGCGGAUCCAGGAGGCGAUAACGCGGCCUCAGGCUUUGGUGUCUCCCAGUCUGCUAAAGCCCCGAGGCUGUCACCAUGGACUUCCAGCAUCGCCCUGGGGGCAAGACCGGGAGCGGGGGCGUGGCCUCCUCCUCUGAGAGCAACCGUGACCGCAGGGAGCGCCUCCGGCAGCUGGCCCUAGAGACCAUCGACAUCAACAAGGACCCGUACUUCAUGAAGAACCACCUGGGCUCCUAUGAAUGCAAGCUCUGCCUGACGCUUCACAACAAUGAGGGGAGCUACCUGGCACAUACCCAGGGGAAGAAGCACCAGACCAACCUGGCCCGGCGAGCCGCCAAGGAGGCCAAGGAGGCCCCUGCCCAGCCCGCACCUGAGAAGGUCAAGGUGGAGGUGAAGAAGUUUGUGAAGAUCGGCCGCCCAGGCUACAAAGUGACCAAGCAGAGGGACUCGGAGAUGGGCCAGCAGAGCCUCCUCUUCCAGAUCGACUACCCUGAGAUCGCCGAGGGCAUCAUGCCACGCCACCGCUUCAUGUCUGCGUACGAGCAGAGGAUUGAGCCUCCGGACCGGCGCUGGCAGUACCUGCUCAUGGCCGCUGAGCCCUAUGAGACCAUCGCCUUCAAGGUGCCAAGCAGAGAGAUUGACAAGGCAGAGGGCAAGUUCUGGACACACUGGAACCGGGAGACCAAGCAGUUCUUCCUCCAGUUCCACUUUAAGAUGGAGAAGCCCCCGGCUCCGCCCAGCCUCCCUGCCGGCCCCCCUGGGGUGAAGCGGCCUCCACCUCCGCUGAUGAACGGUCUGCCCCCUCGGCCACCGCUGCCCGAGGCUUUGCCGCCACCACCGCCAGGAGGCCUACCUCUGCCACCCAUGCCCCCCACGGGGCCUGCACCCUCAGGGCCCCCGGGACCACCCCAGCUCCCCCCCCCGGCCCCAGGGGUACACCCCCCCGCCCCUGGCAUCCAUCCCCCAGCCCCUGGAGUCCACCCACCAACCUCUGGGGUCCAUCCCCCAGCUCCCGGAGUCCACCCUCCAGCCCCCGGGGUUCACCCACCAGCCCCCGGGGUUCACCCACCAGCCCCUGGGGUCCACCCACCAGCCCCUGGGGUUCACCCACCAGCCCCGGGGGUCCAUCCUCCCCCAUCAGCGGGGGUUCACCCCCAGGCCCCAGGGGUGCACCCAGCAGCCCCUGCUGUUCACCCUCAGGCCCCGGGGGUGCACCCACCAGCCCCAGGGAUGCACCCUCAGGCCCCGGGAGUCCACCCCCAACCUCCUGGGGUCCAUCCAUCAGCUCCUGGGGUCCACCCUCAGCCUCCUGGAGUUCACCCCUCAAAUCCUGGGGUACACCCCCCAACUCCCAUGCCCCCAAUGCUGAGGCCCCCACUCCCCUCCGAAGGCCCAGGAAACAUACCUCCCCCUCCCCCAACCAACUGAGAAGCUGCUCCCUCCCCCAGCAAGCCCAGCGCCAGGUGCUCCUGCCUUUUCCCACUGAGAAGGCUGCUCUUUUGUAUGGUCCCCUGCUCAUUAAACAUCCUUCCCCAGCCCUGAGUGCACUGAGGUCCGCA